AACUGUUUUCUCCAGUUAUCGCUAUUGCGAAUACACUUUUCAACAAAACCAUUGGUCCCGCCAAUAGACGGUGACAGUUGAAAAUACGUGAAUUUCCAAAGUAAACGAGCCAACAUGAAAAAUCUAUUUAUCCGCAAUGGUGAAAAACGCUCAAGAAAAUCUUGUUUCUAUGGAAAAGAAAGCCGUUACGAUUCCUUGAAAUAGCGUACCAAUUUCUGGUGGAGAAGAAAUGCUCGAUCAUAAAGUAUUGCAAGGUAUUCCGGAGGUACCGGAAUAUGAGACUACUGAUGAUAAUUAUUAUAAAUCUAAAGUUAUGUCAAAGCGUAUCGUUGAGCAGAAUGUCAAGCGAGACCAAAAGUACAAGUGCAAUAAUGAAGCUCAAAGACUUUUAGCGAAUUCUAAUAGUCACGUCCUUCAUCGACGUUCUCAUCAUGUCGCACCUUCCCUUAAAAAGAACAAGGCAACGAUUCAUUCGCCGCGUUUACGUACUGCUCAAGAUCAUUCUGAUAUUCCAUAUACAGCAGUCAUAUUGAAACGGUCUAUUAUAAAUCCUACGUGUUGCGAUAAAAAUGUUUCUCAAAAAGCCAUGAGCAAAAAAAGCUUUUUCGAUCGUCAGAGCCGAAUAAAAGAGGAAAGCAGACGGCCAUCAGGAAAAUCAAGAAAGGCAAACAUGGGAAUAACCAAUACUAUAGGAAAUGAGAGAUUAGCAAAGGAGAAAACACAUAAAAGAUCAAAAUCAAAAGGCCCUAAUACAUCAGAGCCCAGUUUAAACGUGUGUUGUUAUCGCUCAAAAGAGCUAACAAAUCGAUUUAACAAUACCACUGUCAAGAACAUGCAAAGAAUCACCAACUGGAGAAGUGAGGUCCUCAAGAUUUUCAGUAAACUCACAGUUUUACUUCUGUAUCUCCAUUUCCUUCUGUCCUACAACUUGACAUUAUCGAAAACUCAUGGCCUCAGAGAAGUAUUCGGAAGUUGCAUGGUUGGUGAAAUUCGCCAGUAACCAGUACCAUAAAUAUAAUAAAAAUCAACAAGCGUU